CCAAAUGCAUUCCAGCUGUUCUAGGUGAAACAAUGACCGCUGACAAAUCUCCUUUUUGCCCUUUUCAUUUAUCGAAAGACAAAGAUGUAAUUUAAGGGCGGAUCUACCGGUUUUACCCUCUCCUCCGGCUAACUUCAGUUGGUUGCGACCAAUUUGUGAAUUAUAAUAAAAGGAAAAGCUGGAGCUGGAUUCGGCUCGAGUCAUAAACACAUCUACAAAAUGAGCUUCCUUUUUGGAAGCCGUUCAUCAAAAACUUUCAAGCCAAAAAAGAACAUUCCAGAAGGGACUCAUCAGUAUGACUUAAUGAAACAUGCUGCUGCCACUCUUGGCUCAGGAAACCUCAGGCUUGCCGUCCUACUUCCCGAAGGAGAAGAUCUCAACGAAUGGGUCGCUGUCAAUACUGUUGACUUCUUCAACCAGAUAAACAUGCUGUAUGGCACAAUAACCGAGUUCUGCACUGAGGAAAGUUGUCCUAUUAUGUCAGCCGGGCCCAAAUAUGAGUAUCACUGGGCUGACGGUCACACGGUCAAGAAACCUAUAAAAUGUUCCGCUCCAAAGUACAUUGACUAUUUAAUGACCUGGGUUCAGGACCAGUUAGACGACGAGACUUUAUUUCCUUCGAAAAUCGGUGUUCCAUUUCCAAAGAAUUUCCAGUCUAUAGCUAAAACGAUAUUGAAAAGACUGUUCAGAGUUUAUGCGCACAUUUAUCACCAACAUUUCACCGAAGUUGUGUCGCUCGGGGAAGAGGCACAUUUAAACACAUCGUUUAAACACUUCAUAUUUUUUGUUCAAGAAUUUAGCCUAAUAGAUAGAAGGGAGCUUGCACCUUUGCAAGAACUGAUAGAAAAGCUGACCGCCAAAGAUGGCCGAUGAAAUGUAACAACCAUCCAAAAUACCAAUUUGGUAAAUUAUGGAAAUGUUCCUCUUUGAUGUUAAAACUCAUGCAGAUAUAAAAGAUGAAUUAUUUUGGUUUUAAACAGUAACAGACAAAAUAUCAGCGCAACGAAUUAUUCUAGCUAAGGCAUCGUAAAAAAAAAAAAAUGUCAGUCCGAUCCAUAGCAGCAGAUUUUAUUUCAAAAGUUCAUUUUCCAUGAGCUAACAUAAACCUUUUUAACUAAACAUUAAAAAAAUAUAUAUAAUAAUAAAAGUUAAUUGUUAAAAUUGUUUAUAAUUUUAAUAUGAAAUUGAAUUCAGAAUUAAUAUGCCAUGAUGCCUGUGGUUUUUGUCAUUCUUCUUGAUUGUGUUUACAAAAAUAUCAAUGAAAUAUUUUUAAAUAGCUUCUUUUUAAAAUUAUUAUUAUUAUAUAAAAUUAUAAUACAUGUGAAUUUAGAGGGGGAAAAUGUGAUAUAAUCAUAAAAUAGUAUUUAUUACACUAAGAUCCUCGUGAUUUCAAUAUAUAAGUUAGGACUACCAAAAAGAGAAAGAAAAAAAAGGAGAAUUACAUGGUGUAAAGUCAAAGCUGUGAGAGAAUUUUUUGGCUCAAGCCUUGAGAUAAAGCUUUAAGAUGAUCAGCGUUUUAUAUUUAUAUUUAACAACAGUAUGAAUUGGGGUGGAAUCACUCAUCAUUUAUUAAUUAUUUUUAAACUAAAUAUGAACUAAUAUAUGUGACAAUUUCAAAAUAAAGGUGGUUUAUUAUUUAAAACAUAUCUGCUUUUAUAUGAAUACAUGUUUUUAUUUUUUUAAUUUGACUACAAUAAAAUUAAAAAAAAAAUUAAAAGUAACUGCUGACUAUUUGAAUCAAGUCUUUCAAUUUCGAUAUUUUCUGUUCUAAUUUAUCACAAUUUUCUCAUUAUGCUAUGAAAAAAAAAGCUGUGAUUGUUUAAAAUUUUAGCUUCUCAAUGCUGAUUUCUUAAGUUUUUUUUUAAGCGCAAGGGUGACUCAGUUUUUUCCCUGGUCAUUUUAAAUAAACAGAGAUGUAGUUUUGAACAGUAAAACUUAAAUUUAUGAGGGGGGAUUCAAUGGGAGCAACUUAUGAAUUAUGUUUAAUGUUAAAGAUAUGACUAAUUGUACUGUUAUCUUUGUUUGAAAUGAAAGCACAAAUUAAAAAAAAAAAAAGUGCUUCCAAAGUUCUUUUGAAUUUAUUGUUGAUAGACACUAACAUGUUUGUUUUGUUCAAUAGAUUUUCUCAAUUGUUUAACUAUUUAAUAAUUUUAUUUAUUAGCCUACUUGUAAAAUCGAGUGGAAAUGUGAAAAAUUUUAUUGAUCAGAUUAAUUUUUUCUUUCGGUGUUUAGCUUUCUCGUGUAGAUCACUCAUUCAAGUACUUAUUCAUUUUUUAACUGAGCGCACUGAUCUUUGCAAUAAUCAAGUCUCUUAACUCCUUGAUAAGUUCAUCAGUCGCACUUUUAUUGUUAAGUCACAUUAUUCUCUUUGUUACUGAUCAAUAUUAAAACAGCCGUCACAUAACAAAAAAAUCUGUUUAUAUUUGUGUUUUAUUUAUUUAAUUAAUGUGAUAUCGUUUAAUAUUUAUAGUCAAUUUUUGUUGAAUGGUUGCAUUAAAAUGCAACUUUCCUUCUAUGAACUAAUUAUUAUUGUAAAACCUCCAGACAAAUUAUAAAAGGUGUUUUUUUUGUUUAACUUUUUAAGAUCUCAAACUUUAACAUUUCAAAACGAAAGUUUGUACAUAAAAUAUUAUGUUACGUUUUGAAAAUUUUCUAUUUUCAGGGUUUGGGUGAUCUGAUGUAUGAAAAGUAGACCCUUUACUAUUUUAUUUGUCAUUUUUAGUUCAUUUUAUUAUAUUUAUUUUUAUGCUUUCAUAUAUUUUUUUCCUGUGCUUUUAUUUUUUUUAAUGGUUAUCACAACUGUUCAGGUUUUCUAUGUGUCUCACAUGUAAAAUAAAUUUUCCACAAUAUGUUUGUAUAUAAAUUAGGUUUUACAUGUUGAAUAAAAAAAUGUACAUUA